CACGGGCCCAGACAGGGGGACAUCUGCUCGGGCUGACGCACAACGUGUCCCAACUACGUAUUUUUUUUGUUUUGUUGUUGUUGCCUGUUUGGGAUUCCUUCUUGGAUGGCCUGUAACAAAGAUAGUAUCUGUACUGGAUUGAGUCUAUCAAAUAAACAAGAACAACGUGGGGCUAAGUUUUGAAAACAGCGUAUAAAUACGCAUGUAUAUGCUAUUUACGGCUCAUACUAGUGCACCCUCUUCGCAAACACCACUGCAGCAAGCAGGCGAAACUCAGGUGGUGGGGCAAUGUUUACACUGACACCCUCCUGACCAGUCCAACAGUUACCCAGGCCCCCCUCCCUUUACCCCUCCCAUUCCUCACCUCUACCCCCUUCCACAACCUUUCCACCAUUCACUAUGAAUGAGGCCAGCGUAGUCAGGGAAGGAUGGCUCCACAAGAGAGGUGAGUACAUCAAGACUUGGAGGCCGCGCUACUUCAUCCUGAAGAGUGACGGCUCCUUCAUCGGCUACAAAGAGAAGCCUGAGCUGUCCGACCAGAGCUUGCCCCCUCUCAACAAUUUCUCAGUGGGAGAAUGCCAGCUGAUGAAAACGGAGCGGCCCAAGCCAAACACGUUCGUUAUUCGCUGCCUGCAGUGGACCACUGUCAUCGAGAGGACCUUCCACGUAGAAAGCAAUGCAGAGAGAGAGGGGUGGAUGCGUGCCAUCCAGGCAGUGGCCAAUGGGUUGAAGGUACGAGAGGAGGAGGAGCCCAUGGACCUGUUUGGUUCUCCCAGCGACAGCAGCAGCAUUGAGGAGAUGGAGGUGGCCAUGUCCAAGACCAACUCCAAAGUGACGAUGAGUGACUUUGACUACCUGAAGCUGCUGGGGAAGGGCACGUUUGGCAAGGUGAUCCUGGUCAAGGAGAAAGCCACGGGGAUGCACUACGCCAUGAAGAUCCUGCGCAAGGAGGUCAUCAUCGCUAAGGACGAGGUAGCACACACGGUUACAGAGAGCAGAGUGUUACAGAACACCCGGCAUCCCUUCCUCACGACACUGAAAUACGCUUUCCAGACUCAUGACCGAUUAUGUUUUGUGAUGGAAUAUGCCAACGGAGGAGAGCUCUUCUUCCACCUGUCUCGGGAUCGUGUGUUCACGGAAGACCGGGCCCGUUUCUAUGGCGCUGAGAUCGUAUCUGCGUUGGAGUACCUCCACUCUCGUGACGUGGUAUACAGGGACCUGAAGCUGGAGAAUCUAAUGCUGGACAAUGACGGACAUGUUAAAAUCACAGACUUUGGGCUGUGUAAGGAGGGCAUCACGGACGGUGCCACCAUGAAGACCUUCUGCGGCACCCCGGAGUACCUGGCGCCGGAGGUGCUGGAGGACAAUGACUACGGCCGGGCGGUGGACUGGUGGGGCCUGGGCGUGGUCAUGUACGAGAUGAUGUGCGGUCGGCUGCCCUUCUACAACCAAGACCACGAGCGACUUUUUGAGCUCAUCCUCAUGGAGGAGAUCCGAUUCCCCAAGAACCUGGCUCCAGAGGGCAGGGCCCUGCUCACCGGCCUGCUCAAAAAGGAUCCCAAGCAAAGGUUAGGGGGAGGACCGGAUGAUGCCAAAGAAGUGAUGUCCCACAAGUUCUUCAGCGCCAUCAACUGGCAGGACGUGGUAGAUAGAAAGCUGACUCCGCCCUUCAAGCCUCAGGUGACGUCAGAGACUGAUACACGUUACUUCGACGACGAGUUCACGGCACAGACCAUCACCGUCACACCUCCAGACAAGUAUACCAACCUGGACUGUGGCAUCCCCAACCAGCCAGCACACUUCCCCCAGUUCUCUUACUCUGCCAGCAUACGAGAGUGACCCUGUCUUUACCAUACACACUGAAGAUAUGCAUAGCGCAUCAGCUCACACUCUCAUCCACACACACACACACACACACACACACACACACACACACACACACACACACACACACUUUCUUGUAAAAAAAAAAACUGCAAG